GGAGAGAACCUGGAAAACACGAUGGCAGCCUUUCACCAUGCGGUUAAUAUAGGAACAGACAUGUUGGAGCUAGAUUGUCACCUGACGAAAGAUGAGCAAGUGGUUGUGUCCCAUGAUGAGAACCUGAAGAGGUCAACAGGAGUUGAUGUCAACAUAUCCGACCUCAAAUACUCUGAACUUCCACCAUAUCUCUGCAAGUUGAGUGUCACAUUUCAGAAAGAAUGUCACAGUGAGGGAAAAGACAACCGUAUUCCACUCCUGAAAGAGGUGUUUGAGGCAUUUCCACAAACUCCUGUCAACAUUGACAUCAAAGUGAACAACAAUGUGUUGAUCAAAAAGGUUUCACAGCUCGUGAGUCAGUAUAAGCGAGAGCAUUUGACAGUAUGGGGGAAUGUCAAUUAUGAGGUUGUGUCAAAGUGUCUUAAGGAGAAUGCUGACAUUCCCAUCAUCUUCUGUUUGCAACGUGUUCUCCUGCUUCUUGGCCUCUUCUACACUGGUCUGCUGCCAUUCAUUCCUUUCAAGGAAGAAUUCUUGGAAAUUCCCAUGCCUUCAAUCAUCCUUAAGCUGAAAGAACCCCAGAAGAUGACAAGAAGCCAGAAAUUUAUUAUCUGGCUAGCUGACACAUUGCUAAUGCGGAAAGCACUUUUUGACCACCUCACUGCUAGGGGCAUUCAGGUGUAUAUUUGGGUACUGAAUGAAGAACAAGAGUACAAGAGGGCAUUUGAUCUGGGAGCAACUGGAGUGAUGACAGACUAUCCAACAAAACUUAAGGAGUUUUUACACAAUUAUCCAGCAUAAAGGAAGAAAACCAAGGAAGUUCUUGCAGAAUAAAUU